GUCUUUUAUCCAUUAUCUAGCAAGAAAGUUGUAUUUGAGCUUUGUUUUGUGCUAGCUCAGUUCCUUAUGGCUUUCAAACUAAAAGUGAUGUCACUUUUGAAUAUAACUCUUGCUUUAUGGUUAUCUGAGAUCACUGUUGUUGUAGUUGGUUCUAGGUAUGGACCAUGGUCCAGUACUGAAAAGAACUCAAACAUUCAGAACUAUGAUCAUCUUGUUACCAGCUUGCCCGGUCAGCCUAAUGUUGAUUUCCAGCAUUAUGCUGGAUAUGUGACUGUAAAUGAAAUAAGUGGAAGAGCACUGUUUUAUUGGUUCUAUGAAGCCUGGAGCCUCCCAGAUGAGAAACCAUUGGUGCUAUGGCUAAAUGGAGGUCCGGGGUGUUCUUCAGUGGGAUAUGGAGCUACACAAGAGAUUGGGCCAUUCAUUGUGGGCACAGAUGGAAAUGAUCUUCAGUUGAAUCCUUACUCGUGGAAUAGAGAAGCCAAUAUGUUGUUCCUGGAAUCUCCUGUUGGAGUUGGCUUUUCCUACUCCAACACAACUAGUGAUUAUGAAAACCUAGGAGACGACUCCACUGCAAAUGACACUUAUGCUUUCCUGCAUAACUGGUUCAUGAAGUUUCCGUCGUAUCGAACAAGAACAUUUUAUAUUGCUGGAGAGAGCUAUGCAGGAAAAUACGUGCCAGAACUCGCUGGUCUUAUAUACGACCGAAAUAAGGAUCCAUCCCUGUUUAUCAAUCUGAAAGGAAUACUGUUGGGUAAUCCUGAAACAAGUGAUGCUGAGGAUUGGAAGGGUCUUGUUGACUAUGCUUGGAGCCAUGCUGUUGUAUCAGAUGAAACUCACAAAACCAUUAGAGAAUCAUGUGAUUUCAAUAGUAAUGAUACUUGGAGCAACAAUGACUGCAGCGAAGCAGUGGAUGAAGUUCUCAAACAAUAUAAGGAGAUUGAUAUCUACAGCCUCUACACUUCUGUUUGUAUUGCCAACUCUGCAUAUUCAGAUGAAAAAGCACUACAAGUCAUGUUCAAGAAGACCACAUCUAAGAUGAUGCCUCGCAUACUUGGUGGGUAUGAUCCUUGCCUUGAUGAUUAUGCAAAAGGUUACUACAAUAAACCCGCGGUUCAGAAAGCUCUUCAUGUUAGUGAUGGUCUUCAACUCAAGAACUGGACAAUUUGCAAUAUGGACAUAUUCUAUGGGUGGAACUGGUCACAAUCAAAGGAUUCAGUUCUUCCCAUUUACAAGAAACUGAUUGAUGCAAAACUUAGGAUAUGGGUAUAUAGUGGAGAUACUGAUGGAAGAGUACCUGUGUUGUCCACAAGAUACAGUUUAAGCUCUCUGGGCCUGCCUAUAACAAGGGCAUGGAGGCCAUGGUACAACCAAAAGCAGGUUGGCGGUUGGCUUCAAGAAUACGAAGGGCUAACUUUCGCGACAUUUAGAGGAGCGGGUCACGCAGUGCCUAUUUUCAAACCAAGUGCAUCACUUGCAUUCUUCACUUCAUUUCUUCAGGGGGAAUCUCCACCGUCUCAUCGAUAAGUUACUAGAGUUUCUCAACAUUUGCAGUAAAAAAGAUUUUGACUCUAGAUAUUUAAACUAUUAGCUUAAGAAGCUCAAUAAUGGCCCUAUGCUACAAAAAGAGAGAUCCUAUUGAAUUUUGAUGUUUGGGUUCUCUAAAUAUAUAAGAAAAUAAAUGGAAACCCUUUUAAUAUGAUCUAAUAAGAUAUGAUCUUUAUUAUGUUUUGAA